CAUAUACUUUAUGACCUAACAAUGUGAUUUCACCAGACUUUAAACCAUCUACAUGCAUUCAAAACACUAGAUCUACAUUGUAUACAGCCUACAACACAGAAGAUAGCUUAGUUACGUAGGGUAGAUACAGUACUACUAAUAAAUCACUAGGGACUGGAUCUACUUGUUGAACUACAAACAGGAAUGUAGACGUUGAAUUGAACUAUAAAGUGGAUAGAUUUACUUGCCUAUAUUACCCGUAAUACUAAUAACAAUAAUGAUAUCAGUCAUGAUCAGUGGAUUACUGGGAACUCGCAAUAAGACUUUAGUCUGUACCAAGCAGUCGUACGGUUAAUAUCUAAACGUGUUGUGCUUUAAUGGACACUUUGUAUUUUAGAAACAGUAUCUUUAAAAUAGAAUUGUUAGCUAGGACAAGACCAGUUGAAACUGUGACACUCGACAUCCAGGAAUGGAUAGUGGGAAUUUCUUUGGAGACAGUGAAACCCAGAUCUCAGAGGGAGGAGAAGCAGACAUGCAUCGACAUUUUAUAGAUUGCGAUAAAAACCCAGGUCAUGUUGAGUUUGUACCCAUCGACGAUUUCCAUCUGGAAAAUUUACCCGAGGGUUAUCGCGACAACGAUCUGCUAGUCUUCAUGCGCGCCCUGGCUGGUUUAACGGUGAGGGUAGAUGUAAAGGUGGCUAGCGCGCGCAGGCCUCAUUUCUGGCCCGACACUGAUGUUGUUUAUCCUUUCAGCCACUUGAAAGAAAGGAGAGUAUGGAGGACCGGAAGCGGAAGGGUUUGUGACGUGAGGAAGUUCCAGAGUGGUUUAGCUCAGAGCGGAAGUAGUCGAGAAGGAAGCUGUGCAGUCUGCAGGUGCACGAAGUGUCAGGCUUCUGACUCACCUAGCAAGCUGUGGUGGGAGUACGCAGUCUCCACCGCUACGCACGUAGUCUUCGACGACGUCGAGGCGAGUCAUGUGACCUGCAGGCUUUUCUACGACAACAAAGACAGCCCAAUGGUCACUCUUGACGGAUUCAGCGUUGAGAAUGCUAGCAUUCAGAACGAUAGAUGUAAAAUGGUCUGCACUUCCUGCGACGUCAACCUUGGGUCAAAGCUGGACCAGAUGGUGGGACACUUCAAAGACGCGUGGCUGAAAGUGCGGGACAAGUUCAUUAAGACCAGGGACUUUGACAAGCUGACAUUGAUAGUGUCACACCCUCACGGGUGCUCUAAACAGAUCAGCGUGGGUCACUGGGUUGACAAGCAUCGGGUCGGCAAUGAGGAGGACUUAAAGAAGUUCACCUACACAACUUGUACUUGUCCAGGGAGUAGCGGCGCUCCCAUCUACCUUGUUGGGUUUAGCUGGAAGGGAUCCGUUUACCGCCUUGUUCAUUGCGGGGCAUCCAAAAGUGGACUAAACUACAGUGGUGCUGGAUACAUCACAUAGUCCUGCAAACCAAAAUCCACCGGAGUUUUAUGUUCUUUGUUAUGACAGUAUGGAAAAUGUGAACAAUAUAUCUCUUUAAAAUGAACAUGGAUAUGUUUAGAAUUAACAGCACUAGAUCUUAUAUUUUUAAGUCAAUCUUGCAAUACAAUUUCAAAGAUUGUCCAUUACUGACUAAAACUGUUUUCUGGAAAUUUUAUUGUUGUUGUUGUUAAUUUUUCCCAUAUUUUUUUAAAUAUAAAAAAAAAAUAUUUUGU